AUGGUAUUUCAUGACAAAGCACGCUUUGAAUCUGAAAUAUUUGAUCUUAAAAAAGAUAUGAGGAGAAAAGACACUGAGCAUGAGAAAUAAAAAGCUAUUUUAUAGCAGAAAGUCGAAUUACUAGAACUAUAACUUAAGGAAUCUCAAGAAAGAGAAUACAACAUUAAGAAGAUGCAUGAAACAUUAAUGAAUGCACUACAAAAUGAUAAUAGCUCUUCUGGUUUUAAGACGCCAAGAGCUUAUGAGUAUUCUCAAGGAUUGCAUAAAAGAGAAAUUUCUGAGUUAAGAAUCGAUUAUGAAACACAAAUCAAAGAAAUGAGAAAUCAACUAGCUCUUAAAGAUGCAUAGUGCAAAGAUGUUUCGAUCCAAAUGGAAUCAAUACAAAUUGAUAAUCAAAGGAAAGUUUAGGAGUUGGAACUCGACAAGCGUGAUCUUGAAAAUAAAAUAAAAAAGGUUGAGCUUGAAAAAUAAUAAUACUUGAUAUAAGCAGAAACAGCUCAGUCUUAAACUAGUCAAAUUUAGGACUAUAAGGAUUUACUUGAGGAAAAAUCAAUUGAAAUCGAGAGGAUUAAAAUUCAACAUGAGAAUCACAUCUAGGAUUUGAGAUAAUCUUAAAACAAGCAAACAAAUGAAAAUGAAGAUCAAAUUCAAAGGCUAAAAAGCAAAUUAAAUUAAAUGGAAAAUGAGGUGCAAUAAAAGUUCUAAAGUUAGUUGAAAAAUUAAUAAGAUAAGUAUUUGAAAGAAGUUGAGGAUCUUUAGAAUUAGCUCUUUGAUUCACAAAGAAGAUAAAGAGAAGAAACUAUGAUGACUAUGCAUGAGAGAGAUGAGUUAGCGGAAAAAUGCUCUAAGCUGGAAAGGUCUCUUGAUAAAAUAAGAAAUGCGCCUUAACCAGUUACAGUUCAUCUCUCUGAAGAGAACUUCAAUACUAGUAGAUCUUCAAAAUAAAAGCAGCAAAGAUUAGAAGAAGAGAAUGAUUACUUGAAUACUUAAUUAACUAAGAUAUCAAACUAAUUAAAGGAAGCGAGAGAGGAUCUAAAUUAAUACUAAACAAAUGAAAGAUAACUAAAAAAGGAAAUAUCAGCCAGAUUAGAUGAGAUUGACUAGUAAAGAAUGGACUUUUAAAGAAAGAUCAAUGAAGAAAGAAGAAAAUAUACUCUGCUAGAAGAUGAAAUGGUAACUAUGAAAAUGGAUCUUGAUCGAAAGAAAAAUGAAUUUGUCUCUAUCCUUAAUGACAAGGACUCUUUGAUUUAGGAACUUAAAAGAGAUAUUGAUCAGUCAAAAAUAAAUAUCAAUCUAAAUUCUAUGAUGAUACCUUAAUCCCCAAUAUAGCCAGGAAAUCAAUCUAUGAAUGCUAGCAGAGAUUUUAACAUAGGGAUUAAUAGAUUAAUAAACCCAAGAUCUGUAUCACCAAACAUUAGUAAUUUCCCAGAACCCAAAAAUUAUCUUGGCGAGCCACCACACAUUAAUCCUCAGGCUUCAAUAUCUCUCUAAAGAAAUAAUUAAGGAAUGAAGAGAUACAAUUCUGGCAAUGGAUAAAAUUAAUAUUCAUCUUUCAAUAUCACUAACAUAAAUUAGCAUUCAUAAAAAAAUGUCAACCUUCCAAUGGCUAGCUCAGGCACAACGCAGGCCUCUCAUAAUAAUUUGAUGGCAGCUGAUUAGAUGCAGACUCAAGCAGCAAUUUUGUCGCAUAGACUAACUCAUACAGAGUUAAAGCUAUAUCAAUCAUGCCAGAAAAUGGUAGAUGCUGCCUCAAAAAUGGAAUGUACUUAGUGCAUGGGGGUAUUCCCAACAACUUAUUUUUAUGAUCACAUUGUCUCAAGCUAAUCUUAGUGUGCCUAAAUUAUAAAUGAAAAUCAAAUUUAAACUAGCAGAAGUUAAACGAGAGUAAUUAAUAGAAUGAACCAAGAAGAUUUUACACUUUGUCUGGAGGAAGAAUCAAUGAUAGGAGAUAAUAAAAAUAUAAUGCUCGAAAGUCAUAAUAAUUUCUAGAAUACACUUCAGAAAAUGACAUCUACUGCUAGAUCAAGAGCUGUAAAGGCAAAUAUCAUGAAUAGAAGUAAAGAAUUUAUCUAGAACUACCAUCAAAAGUAUCCCUAAAAAGAUAAAUUCGCAAUGACUCAUGGGUCUCAUGAUUUUAAUAUGCUAAAAUCAUAAAAUAAUAAUCCAAACUUUUUCAGAGAUAACUCUGGCUCUAAAAAUUCUAGAUAACCGAUUAAUAUAAAGUAGAACUAUGAUAGAUUUGUUGAGGAUUAUUAAGCAAAUGAAUCAUAUGCUAAAGACUCAAAAAUUCCAAAGCCUCAAAGGAAAAAUAUGUUAAAAACCAAUAAAUCCCCUUAAAAUCUAAUGCUAGAGACUCCAAGCAGCUAAGAUGAGGAAUUAUAAUUGAAAGUUAAUUAUAGACACCAAAUCAGCAAUUAUGAUUCAGUUCAGUUAUAGCAUUAAGCUUCAAUUGAAUAGUAAUAGUAAUUUUUAUCGACAGGUUAAGAUAUUGGAUAUGAUACUAAUGAUGUAAAGGAGGAGGAUUCUUCAUUUGAAGAGGACUCAAUAACAAAGGAAGAUAGAAUAAGAAGAGUUGAUGAUGGAUCUAAUGAUGUUGGUGAUGAAGGCAACAAAAGUACUUAUCUUAGACCGUCUAAAAAUAAUAAAAGUGCGAAUGAUGUUAAUAAGUCUCAAUUCUAAGACCCUAAAAAGAGGCAGAAUGGAAAGGAAAAAAUUACUUCAAACAAAAAAUCAAGUUCUUAAAAGUAUAAAGUUCCCUUAAAACUUGGCAAAAACAAGGAAAAUAACACUUAAAGAAAUUUAAACUUUAACAAAAUGAACACUUGCAAAGCCAGACCAAAUAACUAGUAUCCUUUGACAUUCAGACAUCAAGAAGCUAUUAAUGCUAAUUAUUAUCACAAUUAGUCGGAGUUAAUAAAUGAAAGAAGCAACUAAAAGAGUUCUCAAAAAAAGUAAAUAUUGAGAAAUAAAAUGAUUAUGGAGAAAUCCAGAAUGCAAGAGGAUGACUCACUUAGAGAAAAUCAGCAAAGACUUCCAUUCACCUAGUAAAAGGGAGGAAAUAGGUAUAAUCCACUUUUAAGGUGUUCCUAGUCUGCUAGUUAAACUAAUAACAGUUUUGUAAGCCCAAAGAAUCUUAUGUUUAGGUAAAAGUAAGAUCAGACAAAUCUAGUAGAUAUAAGUGCUUUUAGUUCCCAAUAAAUAGGUUCACCCAAUGUAAAAGAUUAGAUAUAGUAUAGCUCACAUCACAUUAAAAGUACUUCAUCAGGGUGCGUUAAUUCAGAUUUAAUCUCUCCUUAAAAUGAAUUCAGAAACCUGCAUGAGUAGCAAUAGUUCUAAGAUUAUGAAACAAACGAAAAUGAUCUUAUUAUAAAUAAUUAACUUCAAGGAAAAUUCUAAAUUCUUGAUCCCAGAAAUUAGACAUAGAGGAUUGAGGCUCAUUUGGAUCAAAUCUUGAUGGAUGACGAUUGUGAUUUAUUCGGAAAUUAUGUUGUCACAGGUUUGAACAAUGGAGGAAUGACUUCUUAGCGUCAUGUAGGAACUCAUGAGUUUUAGCCCAAUUUGAUUGUCUAGCAGGAAAAUAAAUUUGCAACCUUGUCUAGUAAUAAUUUAGUAGUAUAUGAGAGUCAAUCAAUCUAGUAGUAAGAAACCUAGUACCAAAAUAUUAUCUAAGAUUAGUAUUUCACAUAAGGAUCAUCAACUUCAAAUCCAGUUAUGAUAUAAUAAAAUAGAUAAGGAACUACAAAUUCGCAUACUCGUAAAAGUAAAAUUUAUAACUCUACAUAAAACCUACAUGUGAAAUCACCGGUAGCAUUUAGAGAAUAACAAAUGUAUGUUAUUCGAGAGAGCUGUCCAUCUCCACUUGGUGAGGAUGAUAUAAUUGAUGAUAUGGGAUGUCCUUUUGACUAAACUCAUGGGACUUCUUAAUUAAACAUCAGUCAUUUUAAUUAGCAUUACGCGAUGGGACUGCCUAGUGCUAAGUAGCCUAGUUAGCAUUAGGAUUAAGUAGUGCAUAUUCUUCCUCUGCCUAAAUUUAUUAAGACUUUGCCUUUAAUGAGAAUGAGAUCAAUCACCUAAAUGAAUGUUAAUAGACAAUUAUGA